GCUUGGAUUAAAGAGUCUCGGUUUCGUAUGGAAAAAUCUUCGGGUACCGUUCUAUUGAUGUUAACGUGAGGGUCAGGAAGCAUACGUUGAGGCAAAACCUGUCUCUUUCUCGCCAUUAAAAGGUGAAAUAAUGUGAAGACUAUCUUCCGCUCAUACUGUUUCGUCGUAUACUUUUUCAAUGAGCAAUGCAGGCAGCCCAACGCUGACAGAUAGCGGAAGAGACUCUUCCCUCUAUCCGAGAGAACCUUCCUCUCCGAGGGGGGUGACAAAUGCCAGAAAUGACAAAUUCUUACGAGAAAUUGACAAACAAACUCACGAAGAGGCAAGUAACAUAUAUCUUAGCAUUUGAACAAUCUAUAUCUAGCUCUUUUUCGCUCUGGAAAGCGUCGCUAAAUCAUUUCAUACCCGGUACGCAACUAUUCAAGAAUCACAAUGGCAAACAGCAAAGCCGACUUCUACCAAGCCAAACUCGAUGAGCUCUACGCCAUCAUCCAGCGCCUCAAUCCGUCUUCCCCUGACGCCGACUUGGAAGAAUUCGCAUCCUGUUUCGCAGCCACCUGCAACAUCAAUCUAAAAAGCAUGAACCUCCACUCCUUACCAAGCGUCAACCGCGAAGAAACAAUCGAAGACAUCAAAGACGUGUUACUAAACUACCACAUCGAAGACCGCCAGGUCGUACACUUCUCACUCGCUCCUGACGGUCAUACCGCCUUUUGUCAAACAGUGCAACGCUUGAACGUCAUGGGUGAUAUCAUUGAGCCUUUCCAUGAAACUCAGGUUGUGACUUUCGAUGAUGAAGGGUUGGUGAAGGCUAUGAAUACGUAUUGCUGCUGGAGCCCUAUUGUAGCUAAGAUACAGAAGAAGACUGGCAUGGGGCCCUAUGCGGAGGGAUGGGAAGAUCCGCUUGCGGGGGCGAAGAUGGCGAGAAUGGAGAAACGCGCAAGGGAAAAUGGUGUCAGUUCUAUGGGGUCGAAGGUUGACGUUGGCUCUGGCUGUUGUACUUGA